AUGUCGGCAGGGUCCUCUCAGACUCGUCAAGCGGCAUCCGCCGCUGGUGGAGUGCGCCGCAUGCGUUGGACAAGGGAUAUGAACGCAAACGCAUUGCGGGUGUACUAUAAGGCGAAAGGGGAAGAAACUGCGGGGAUAGCGUAUCGGGCUCGGAUGCAUUGCUUUUUUGCUGAGUUGGAGCCGUCUAUUCCCGUCACGGAACAAAACCUGACAGACCGAGUUCGUUACAUCAUGCGCUCGAAAAUAUACGAUGAUGCCGAGCUCGAACGACUACGACGUAAGGCCAUUCCCUCAUUGAAUGAAUUGGCUACGGCUGGGGAUGAGGCUCCUCAGACGACAGACCAGCUGGCACGCGUAGAAGCCGCCACGGAUCUUCCAGUUGUGGUUGAUUCAGACGAUGACGAAAUGGUCUCUCACGAACUAGAGCAAAGAGGAGUAUAUUGGAAGAGGCGAUUUUGGAGACGCGCAGCAUGCCUCUCGAAAAUCGACCGCGACUUCCCCCGCAUACCCCUAAGCAAGCGAAAUCGGGCUGUCGUGAGGGCUCUUAACCCAAUGCUGGUAACCUAUUUGGAAGCCAGCCGGGACCUUUGCGAGACGGACUCAGUUCUUUUUGGCGCCGCAGUGGCAGCUUGCCGUAUUAUUGGCGCCAAACUUCCCAUGGCUGGACGCGCUACUAAACAAAGUAGCGCCAUCCCAGCCUGGAGAAAAAGAAUUGAGGACCGUAUCGCAAAGGCAAGGGCCCUUAUCGGCAGACUGAUAAGCUUCAGGUCGGGUAAUUAUAGACCGAGUGUUGUGCGCACCAUUAGAAUGGGCGUUUGCUGGGACAAAUAUCAGUUUGUCCCAGCCGGAUAUCACGCAGAAACUAACGGAGCGCAUAGACGACCUGAAGCAAAAGAUUGCUGCUUGGGGAAACGGAUUCGCCGAUUUACCGAGAGGUCAAGGUGGUUCAACCAGAAUCGUCUCUUCCAGAGUGAUCAGAAGAGGCUUUACAAAUCAUUGGAGCGACCAGAGGUAUGUGGCGCGGGCCCAGGACUGGAUCAGGCUAACACUGUCGCAUUUUGGCGUGGCCUGUGA